AUCCCUUUAUGUAGCUAUGUGCUUAAUGUUUGUGCUAAAUAGGCUCAGUAAAACAUGUAUAUGACUAUGCGACAUUAUUAAAUUUUUAUAUGCAAUUUUCUACACGUUAAGGUUUAUGUCUUUAACUAAAAUUCAUUUCAAGAUAUUUGUAUAAACACAGAUAAAUUUUGCUGUUGUUGAUCAAAGUGAAAGUUGGUGUCAACUUGCACACCAUUGCAGGAAGGGUUGAAAAGAUGGGAAAACUUCAUGUUAACGUUAAAUUUAGCUCCGCUUCAUCUUGUCCAUUAGAAGUAGACUCCAGCUCGUCCGUUAGAAGUUUGAAAAACUGUGUUAGUAGUAAGACAGGUAUUGCUGAAGUUGAUCUUCAUUUGAUUUUGUCAGGGAAAGUGCUGAAUGACAACCAAACACUGGACAAACUUGGGGUUGGGAACCAUACAGUAUUACAUGCAUUCCAACAGAGACGUCCUGCUCCUCUUGAAGUCACCGCUGAGGUGGGUCUGAAUCAGUUGGGAGCCACCAACUCACGAUCAGUUUAUCCGUAUCAGUUCUUUGUGUACUGCAAGAAGUGUGCUGCGCUCAGACCGGGGAAACUGAGGGUGGUGUGUGGGCGCUGUCGCCAAGGCAACAUCAUCCUGCUGCAGGAACCCGCCUGUUUUGAUGAUGUACUCCUCGCGGGCAGAAUCCAGGGCACCUGUCAGCACUGUCAGUCUCCCCAGGACUCAAAAUUUUAUUUUAAAUGUACCAGUGACCAUGGUGAUGUCAUUGAACUUCAAGAUCAAUGUGCAGUGCUUAGACAUGUGAGACCCAACAGAAGGGAUAAUGAAUGUAUAACCUGUACUGAUGUACAACAUCCAGUGCUAGUUUUUCCUUGUGCCAAGAAACAUGUGAUAUGUAUGGAGUGUUUUGUGUCUUACUGUAUUGUACAGCUCAAUGAGAGACGAUUUGUGGAGGAUCCUGACACAGGCUACAGCUUACCAUGUCCAGCUGGCUGUCCCGGUUCUCUGAUCAAGGAUGCUCAUCAUUUCUGUUUGUUAGGAUCAGAACAGUAUGAAAGAUACAAGAACUUUGGUGCGGAGGAGUACCUGUUGCAGAGUGGGGGCCUGAUGUGCCCCGCCCCUGGAUGUGGGUCAGGGUUCCUGGUAGACAACCCCUCCCAGAAAGUAGUGUGUCCAAAUUGCCAGUAUGAAUUCUGUAGAGAUUGCCGGGGUGCUUAUCAUCCAGACGAAGAUUGUAGUUCACAGUUGCCAUGUGAUCCAGCCACCGUUCAGGAAGGGAAUAUAGAUCAAGAACAUGCCCUGAGAGCUCAAAAUGAACUGGAAUCCAUGGAAACCAUAGAGAAAAUCUCCAAGCCCUGCCCUCAAUGUAAAGCAAAGACAGAAAGAUCAGGUGGUUGUAUGCACAUGACUUGUACUGUGUGUAAGACAGACUGGUGCUGGAUAUGUGAGAAAGAGUGGAACCGGGACUGCCAGGGAAACCAUUGGUUUGGUUAGCCAAACAUAUGAAAGGAAAGACGUUAGUUUGGUUAGCCAUAAAAUGACAGGAACACUUUUGGUUUGGUUAGCCAAUCAAAUGACAGGAACACUUUUGGUUUGGUUAGCCAAUCAAAUGACAGUAUAACCAUUGGUUUAAUUAGGUAAUCUAAUGACUGGAAAACCGUUAGUUUGGUUAACCAUCCAAACGAAAUGAACUGUGAAGAACAGCAUAAUUUGAUCAUAUUUCCAAUAAAGACACAAUUGACAAUUACUGGUAAACUGUAUGAUAUUUUUUACCUGGGUCUUUUGAUUUUGACUUCACUAUGCCAAAUUUUGAAAUAUAAUAUGUGGUCAAGGUAUUUUUUUAAUGGUUGAGUCAUAACAAAUAAUCUGUGUCAUUAUGUUGACCGUUUAUUUUGUAUGAUCUAGAUUUUAUUUUGUAAAUACAUGUAGUCUAGUUGAGAUCAAUGUGACAUACUGUUUGAUUUCAACCAUUUUAUGACUAUCUUUAUUGUGCCAUAUUUUGUGUAAAGCAAUGAUUUUGUCAUACUUAACACAAAGAUAAACAGACGAGAGCAGUUUUUUUUUACCUUGGCCAUCAUCCAACCUUGAUUUUAUCGUUCGGAAUCUCUAUUUUGUGUAAAUGUUACUUUUGUUUCAAACAAUUUUAUGUAAUUUUGGUUGUAAUAUGUUGUAUUCUAAAUUUUUAAGAUGUUAUAAAAUAUGUUGCCUAUAUCACAAAGAGGGCCUAGUAAACGAAAUGAUUCGUUUCAUUAUAUGUUACAGAUAAAUCUUGUACAAUUAAUGAAUAAAUGCCGUUUUAAGGAA